AUGUUGUUGAAAUCGAAUAUAUGCGCUACCUUGCCUAGCCAUAGAAAGCUUUGCAACAUUCUAUGGUUUGGUUCAUGGUAUAAUCGUCUUUAUGCUGCAAAAUUUGGGGCUUCUCUAUCGGGAAUCCAUUUUCGUGGAAACCCAUUUACUUAUAAUGGAGUAAUCAUUGCAUUAUUUUCUACAAGUGAUAGCCCUAGAUUUAAUCCGAACCCUAAAUUAUACUUGCAAAAUGGUAAUUCUGGAGAUGGGUAUGUUGUAAAAGAAGAAUUGGGUAUUAAGGAAUGUAAAGUUUUGAGCCUUUCUGAUACUUGUUUUACUGAUGAUGGAAAAAAUUGCAGCUAUAUACAUAAUGCUAGUAGUUGUAGGUUUGACCAUGUCCAUGAGUUUGAAGAUUCAGAGAAUGAAGAUGGAGGAGGUGAUUUGGUCUGUACUGAUGAUGAUUUUAAGGUUUUGGAUUCAUUUGGUAAAAGUAAAAAACAAGUCAACAGGGCAGAAAAUGUUGGCAUUUCUGGAAGAAUUGAAGAGGAAAUGGGACAUCAUUUGGUUAAGGAAACAUGUAGAUUAAUUGAACGUCUGUCAGCUUGGAAUCCACAGCUUGAAAUAGAAUUGAGGCGUUUGCUAAGAAGUAUGAAGCCUCACCAAGUUUGUGCUGUGUUAACGUCUCAAUCAGAUGAAAGAAUUGCUUUGAAAUUCUUUUAUUGGGCAGACCAGCAGUGGCGGUACCGACAUGACCCUAUCAUUUACUAUGUGAUGCUUCAACUUCUAAGCAGGACAAAGUUGUGCCAGGGAGCUAAGCGCAUUCUUAAACUGAUGGCACGAAGAAGAAUUCCACAGAGACCUGAAGAUUUUGGUUGUGUGAUGGUUGCUUUUAGUCGAGCUGGACAUUUAAGGAAAGCAAUGCAGAUCCUGAAUGUGAUGCAAAGAGCAGGAAUUGAGCCUGAUUUGUCUAUAUGCAACACUGCAAUUUAUGUUUUGGUGAAGGGUGAUAAAACUGAGAAAGCAUUGAGGUUUCUAGAGCGGAUGCAACUAGUUGGGAUAACACCAAAUGUUGUUACAUACAAUUGCUUAAUCAAAGGUUAUUGUGAUGUGCAUCGCGUUGAAGAUGCGUUAGAGUUGAUUGCUGAAAUGCCGUAUAAGGGCUGUUACCCAGAUAAAGUUAGUUAUUAUACUUUGAUUGCAUUCUUUUGCACGAAGAAACAAACUGAUGAAGUGAGGGAGUUGGUGGAGAAAAUGGCUAAAGAUAGUAACUUAUUGCCUGACCAGGUUACUUAUAACACUAUUAUACAUAUGCUUUCAAAGUAUGGUCAUGCUGAUGAAGCCUUAGGAUUCUUAAGGGAAGCUGAAGAAAGAGGAUUCCGAGUGGAUAAAGUGGGCUAUAGUGCUGUAGUGAACUCCUUCUGUAAAGAAGGAAGUUUAGAUAAGGCAAAGGAACUGGUCAAUGAAAUGAUUGCCAAAGGAUGUCCUCCUGAUGUGGUUACUUACACUGCAGUACUGAAUGGGUUUUGCCUUGCAGGGAGAAUUGAUCAAGCAAAAAAGUUACUUCAACAUAUGUACAAAUAUGGUUGCAAGCCAAAUACUGUAACAUACACUGCCCUGUUAAACGGGCUUUGCCAGAGUGGAAGGUCUGCUGAGGCACAGGAGAUUAUGAACACGUGUGAAGAAUGGUGGUGGAGACCGAAUGCUAUUACAUUUAGUGUGGUAAUGCAUGGUUAUCGUAGGGAAGGAAAACUGUCUGAAGCCUGUGAGGUGGGUAGGGAAAUGAUUGGAAAGGGUUUUUUCCUUUCUCCCGUUGAAAUUAACCUGAUCAUUAAAUCUCUUUGCCAAGAGGGCAGAGCAGAUGAAGCAAAGAGGUUUAUGGUAGAAUGUCUGAAGAAAGGAUGUGCUGUUAAUGUUGUGAAUUUCACCACUGUAAUUCAUGGUUUCUGUCUAAAGAAUGAGUUGGAUGCUGCUCUCUCUGUCCUUGAUGACAUGUAUUUAAUCAAUAAACACCCUGAUAUUGUCACAUAUACAACGUUAAUAGAUGGAUUAGGAAAACAAGGAAGGAUAGAGGAAGCUAUUGGGCUGUCCAAUAAAAUGCUUCAUAGAGGGGUGCUUCCCACUGCUGUGACAUAUCGUACAGUCAUCCAUCGAUUUUGUCAGCAACAUAGGGUGGAUGAUCUGUUGGUAUUACUGGAAAAGAUGCUUUCAAGAGAGGGGUGCAAGACUGCCUAUAAUCAGGUUAUUGAAAAACUUUGUGGUUUAGGAUAUACUGAUGAGGCUUAUAAGCUAUUGGGAAAGGUCCUCAGGACAGCUUCAAGAGUUGAUUCAAAUACCUGCCACAUUCUUAUAGAGAGCUAUUUAAAGGAAGGGAAUCCUCUUUCAUCAUAUAAGGUGGCGUGUCGAAUGUUCAACCGGAACCUUAUUCCUGACUUAAAGGUCUGUGACAAGGUGAGGGAUAGAUUGAUGCAAGGUGGCAGAGUAGAAGAGGCUGACAAGCUCAUGUUGCGCUUUGUCGAGCGUGGCCAUAAGUUGCCUCAGCUUCAGAGGACUUGAAUUUUGAAUAGUAAAGAGGAAAUCAUUGUGUGUUUUUAGGACAUAUUACUGUUCUGACAAGGCUACAAUAGGAAAGUAUAGACAUCGAAAGGCAAAUGAUUCAGUAGCUCAUUAUAUUUCAGAAAGAAGUCACUAUCUCAAGCAUACCAAGAUUUCUUGAAAUGCUGGUGGUUUGUCAGAUCAGAGUGCUGAUAUGGACAUCAAGUCUUGGACACGUCCCCAUUAAUCCUCUCUGUUUUGCAAACU